AUGGUAGGCGCCGUAGGUGACACGGGGGUGGUGGACACCCUGGAAGCACAGCUAGAGGAUGCGAGGAGACGCCAUGAGGCUCAGGAGUACGGAGCAAUCCCAUGGGCGGUCGUCGAGGCUGGACUCCACACCCUGUGGGCGACGGAGCACCCUUCUCGGUCUGCCUCUCCUCGACCGGUGAACACCGAGGGCGGCGUCGACGUGGGCGUCAACGCCGGUGGUGGCCAAGUCGGCAGCAGUGCGGGAGGCACGUCGAGGCAUCGAGGAAUGAUUCACGCCGAUGAAGUUGGCGGCGUUCAGGCGCGAGGGAUGCAGUCAUCGGCGGCUGCAGCCACCUCGCAGGGCGACGUCGGUGGACGUCGGAGCGGAAUGACGUCGAUGUCGGCGACUCAUGUGACUGCGGGUGGGAUAGCACCCAGCUACGGCUACUUCAAGUUCACGCCGGACAGGAUCUCGGUCACCCCCCUACUCGUUGGUCGACCGGACAUCCUCACCUGGAAGGAAGCCAUCGAGCCCCAGCUGGAGAUGGCCGAGCUGAUUGGCUUCGCCAGGGGCACUGUGGCGACGCCGGAGGAGCACUACCCCGACCUGCGUGCGGAAUUUUGCGCCGUGCAGUUGCUGACCUUCACGGCCAUCUCACGGUGCUGCUCGCCGGGCGUGCAGAUCGCCUUGAAGUCGUGCAGGGAGUACCUCGAUGCCGGCCACCGGGCGUGGCACUUCAUCGAGUCGACGUACCAGGAAGCUGAGCGGUCCUCGGAGCUCCUGCCGCAGGUGAACUACGUCGCCCCGGCGAAGCAAGGUGGUCGACCGGGGCAGCGCGGGCAGUCUGGCGGCAGUGGUAGCAGUGGCUGGAAGCCGAUCAAGGACGCCGACAAGAAAAAGUCGGCCAAGGAUAGCGGUCGUGGAGGAGGAAUUCGACGUCAGGAAUGCUGGCUGUGCGGCAACCCCAACCACCUCUCCUUCGAGUGCCCCGACCGCAGUGACUCUGACGACGACGAUGCCAAGAGAGGCCGCGGGAGGUCUGUCAGCCGUCGCCCACAUCGAGGCAGAAAGCAGCCGCGCAAGGAGAAGCAGUCGACCAAGUCGUCGACCUCGGCGAAGGACGCCGACUCCCCUGCUGGCGGCAAAGGGCGAGACGACAAGGAGGCGUCGUGCUCGCUGGUCGGCGUCGUGGAGCCGACCGUCUUGUUGGCUCCGGAGGCUGGCGAGGACUUCCAGGCGAUGGCGGCGGCCGUGCAGGCGAACCCAGCGGUAGUCCUACUCGACAGCGGCUGCUCGCAUCACCUGAUGGGGACGAAGGAGGUCUUCGUCGACCUACAGCCGAGCGGUGACGUCAAGCACGUGCGCGGCUUCAAUGGGGCGCUGCAGGACGUCCAUGGCCGCGGCACUGUCGCUCUGCAAGGGGAGGCCGGAAGGCAGGUGCUCAUCCUUGACGUGCUCUACGUCCCGGGCGUGCAAGCGAACCUGCUUUCGGCCGGCCAGCUGAAGGAGAACGGUGUGAAGCUGCAGGAGGACGGCGACGGUAUGUUGCUCGUCUCGGCGGCGGGAGACGUCCUUGGUCGGGCGUCCUACACCGGGCGAGUCCUCUGCACCGACCUACGUCCCUGCUCGGCGAAGUCGACAACGCCCACGACGGAGGUCGUGGCCCUACGAGCGAUCGUCUCAACGACGAAGUCGACGCCGGACAGGCUACAUGCGAGGCUUGCACACGUCGGCAUGGACACCAUCCGGAGCUCGGCAAAGCACGAGGUCACCACUGGGUUGGACCUCAAGUCGGCGUCCGGCGCCGACUCGCCGUGUGUCUCGAUGGCAGCCUGUACUUCUUGCUGCUGA